CUGUAGUGCUCAGGCUAGAGUGUCAGCUGUAAACCUCUCAGAGGGAUCUCUGACUGUCUGAACAGAUCUGUACCCGUGUCUGCUUCCCCACUCAGAAGCAUGGCCCAGACCCAGCAACCAUCCACUGAGGGCAAAACUAUCCGUGAUAUUCACACCAAAGAAAUUGACCUGGUCGACAGGGACCCUAAGAAAAUCAAUGAAGAAAUUGUUCAGGUUGAAUUUGAAGAUGUGAUUGCUGAACCAGAGGGAACACACAGCUUUGAUGGUGUUUGGAAAAUAAGCCAUACAGCUUUCACAGUUUCCAAAUACUGGUGCUACCGUAUCAUCUCUGCCAUUUUUGGAAUCCCACUGGCAUUGAUUUGGGGUUUCUUCUUUGCCUGCAUCUCUUUCUGCCACAUUUGGGCUGUAGUACCUUGCAUCAAGAGCUACCUCAUUGAGAUACAGUGCAUCAGUCAGAUCUAUGCUGUCUGUGUCCGCACCUUCUGUGACCCUGUGUUUGAAGCACUGGGCAAAGUCUUCAGCAGUAUCCGGGUUGCUAUAAGGAAAGAAGCUUAAAGAAAGUAUAAUAAGGAGGAAGAUAAGAUCCUGAGGAACGUUUCCAAACUGGUUUCGGAAAACAUGCACCAUGAAUGGGACAAAAUUUAUUUACUGUUGCUGGCUGAAGAUAAAACCGUUUUUGAACAUUUCAGCAUUUGAUAUACUUGAAAUAUUAGAAAGUUUUAUCAUUGUCAACAAAUAUGAAUGCUUCAUAAAAUAUAAGCAGCUUAUAUUGGCUAAAAAUUGUUAAGACUCUUAAAAUUUGUUAAAGUAUAUUAUGAAUGGCUAUAGAAGGGUAAUGUGUUUUAUAGCUUUAUUGCAUUUUUACCUCGAGAAGUUGAAAUGAAGGAACACAAAAUACUAAAAGAAAAUUUGGUUUA